AAAAUUAUAUGAAAUGCUUAAAGUUUAUGAAUAAAAUAUAAUUAUUUGCAAUUAUUGUGAUUAUUCUAAAUUGUGAAAAUCCUAUAUAUAUAUAUAUAUAUAUAUAGGAUUUUACUUUACAGUUUUUGUGUAUCUUAAAGCAAAUCAUUAUUUAUCAUAUUAAACACUUGUAUUGAAUGUAUAAAUAAAUGCAAUAAUAAUGAAAAAUUUAUUGAAGGAAUGCAAAUUCGAUUGUAGGGUUAGUUCGGUAAUAAAUAAAGAUAAUCGAAAUUAUGGAAAAAAAUAUAUGUUUGAUGAUUCCAAUGAAACAUGUUGGAAUUCUGACGCUGGCACACAACAAUGGAUAAUAAUUAAUUUUGAAAAAACUUGUAUUAUAUCUGGAUUUGAAAUUGAAUUUCAAGGUGGCUUCGCUGGAAAAGAUUGUUAUGUAGAAAUUAAUGACAGUAAUGGUAGCAUAGUUAUUGCUGAACCCUUUUUCCCAAAAGAUACAAAUGGAGUUCAAUGUUUUGUAUUGAAAACUACAGUUACAGGAAAAUCUUUCAGAUUACUAUUUAAUGAAAGCACAGAUCUUUUUGGUAGGAUUAUCGUUUAUAAAUUAUCUAUAUGUUCAUGAUAUACAUCAAUUUUGUUUAUAAAUUAAAAUAUAUGAAUA